AUGGCAGGAUUAUCAACCAGACUCUUGAAUUCCGAUAGGGAUACCAUGGACAGGGUUAACGAUGUUGUUCAACCUAUUAACGUCGCUACAACUUUUAGAUAUCCAGAUGAUCCCGACGAUUUUGUUCUGUCGAAGGAUGUUGAUCCAUCUACAUUAACCACCGGCCGUCCUUUGUAUUCUCGACUUUCGCAUCCCAACUCCAGUAAGUGCGAAGCCAUUUUGGGUGAUCUGAUCGGAGGACACGCAGUUGUGUAUAAUUCAGGACUUUCUGCAUUCUAUGCUGCAGUUACCUACUUCAAUCCGAAGACAGUUGCAAUUGGCGAUGGUUAUCAUGGUGUUCAUGGCAUCUUGGACAUAUUGACGAGAAACUAUGGCGUUAAGCAGGUCGGAUUGAACGAAUUGGAUAAACUUUCCAAAGGUGACGUUAUCCACAUUGAAACUCCAGAGAACCCAUAUUCCAAAGUGCAUGAUCUUUCUUAUUAUGUCAAGAAGGCACAUGAAAUAGGUGCAUACGUGAUAUGCGAUUCCACCUUUGCACCACCCCCACUUCAGGACCCAUGGGAAUUUGGUGUUGAUAUGGUCAUGCAUGCCGCAACCAAAUACUUCGGAGGCCAUUCAGAUCUUCUUGCUGGUGUCUUGGUGACCAAAGAUCCCCAAGUGAAGACUAAACUUGUCAACGAUAGGGUCUUUUUGGGUACGAACAUCGGUAACUUGGAGUCUUUCCUUCUCAUCAGAUCAUUGAGAACAUAUCAGAUGAGAAUCGAAAAGCAAAGCUCGAAUGCCGAAAAGAUUGUCAAAUACUUGGAUGAGCAUAGGGCCGAAUAUCCAGCAUUAAAGAUUAUCCACCACUCAAGUCUUCAGAAAGAUGACUUUGUAAAGAAGCAGAUGAAAGGUGGCCAUUCACCUGUCUUUGCCAUAGAGCUACAGACUCCUGACCAGGCUAAGCAUCUUCCUUCAAAAUUGAAGUACUUCCAGCAUUCAACAUCACUUGGCGGUGUCGAGUCUUUGAUUGAAUGGAGGGCUUUGAGCGAUCCAUAUGCUCGCUUAACAUUGUUACGUGUUAGCUGUGGUGUUGAGGAUGCCAAUGAUUUGAUAUCAGAUCUGGACCAUGCUUUAAAAGAAACUAAAUAA